UGUGGGUCCUAGAUUCCCUGGGUGACAGACUGCUCAUCUGGAUGGAGCCAUGGCCUCUCAUGCUGCUGCUGCUGCUGUGUCUACAGGGUUGUGUCUCAGGUCCCUCCAUUGAGAACGUGUACCGGAAAGUGCAGCGGCGUGAAGGGGAGUCUCUGUCCGUGCAGUGCUCCUACAAGAACCGCCGGAACCGUGUGGAGAGCAAGGCUUGGUGCAAAGUGAAGAAGAAGAAGUGUGAGCUGAACUUCAUCCGGGGCUGGGUGAAGGGGCCCAGCUACUCCAUAAGGGAUGACGCCAAGGCCAAGGUUGUCUACAUCACCAUGGAGGCCCUCAGGGUCCAGGACUCCGGACGAUACUGGUGCAUGCGUAACACGGCUGGGAAUCUCUACCCCUUGGUGGGUUUCCAGCUGGAAGUGUAUCCAGUUGAGAGAAAAAAAUCCCCUGCCAAUGACCAUGUGGCUCAGUGGGAAAAGAUGAUUGGUGCCAAACCUGAUGAUCUGAGCUCGAUCUCUGGACCCAGGUCCCAGGAGACUUACCUCACUGCGGUGGUGGUGGUGCCGACAUUGCUUCUUGUGUCUGUGGUGUUUGUUAUGGGCUAUGGGUUUUGGAAGAAGAGGCACAUGGGAAGCUACAACUUGGGCAGCGACUCGGCCAAACCCUGGAAACACCUUCCUGAAGGACCAGAGACGCUGUGGAAGCCUGCUUGGUCUAAGAUAACUCAGUGAUCUGGGAAGCCGAUUCCAGUGGGUUCAGAGGCCAGAAGAGGACCAAAGACAGGCAAUGGCCCUGGGGCAGGAGGACACACAGCUGCCUUCCUUUCACCCCGGCCACUGAGUUCUCAGCUUCCCUCUGUUCCCUACAAACUUCUCCAGAUGUUUGGAGACAAGAGCCAGGACUCAUGAGACCUCGAGGCAGCCAAUGUCUCUAGAGUCCUGAUGUGGAUGAGAGGGGACAGUGACUAAGGCCUGGGGACACAAAAGCAUUGGUAGCAGGAGGUCUCAGAGCUGACCAAGGCCACGUGUCUUCUGAUGUGCCCUGACUGUGGCUGCUGGCCCUUCUGUCCCGGAAGUCUGCAGACCCCACAUGUCACUUGGUUCCUGCCUGCCAGCCUCUCU